AUGGGUCUGUCUCCAUCGACUCCUGCUGUUGCAGUUCAAACCUCAAAUGCUUCAGAUCAUCGGACAGCAUCUCCGCCUUCAGGAUGCCCAAUGCAUGAAAAGAAAAUGAAAGGCUGUCCAGUGAGUGCAGAACCAUCUGGCCAAACCUGUGAUAGCAAAACACAUUCUGUACCUGCCCACCAGGAACGUGCCUAUGAGUAUGUGGAGUGUCCCAUCAAGGGCACUGCAACUGAGAAUAAGGAGAACCUGAAUCCUUCAAAUCUGAUGCCACCACCCAAUCAAAUACCAGCUCCAGAUCAGCCAUUUGCAUUGUCUACUGUCAGAGAGGAGUCAUCUAUUCCAAGAGCAGAUUCAGAGAAAAAGUGGGUUUAUCCUUCUGAGCAGAUGUUCUGGAAUGCAAUGUUAAGGAAAGGGUGGAAGUGGAAGGAUGAGGAUAUCAGUCAGAAAGAUAUGUAUAAUAUCAUUAGAAUUCACAAUCAGAAUAACGAGCAGGCUUGGAAGGAGAUUUUAAAAUGGGAAGCCCUUCAUGCUGCAGAGUGUCCUUGUGGUCCAUCAUUAAUCCGGUUUGGAGGGAAAGCGAAAGAGUAUUCACCAAGAGCAAGAAUUCGUUCCUGGAUGGGGUAUGAGUUGCCUUUUGAUAGGCACGAUUGGAUCAUCAACCGUUGUGGGACAGAAGUUAGAUACGUGAUUGAUUACUAUGAUGGUGGUGAGGUCAACAAGGACUACCAGUUCACCAUCCUGGACGUCCGUCCAGCCUUGGAUUCGCUUUCAGCAGUAUGGGACAGAAUGAAGGUCGCUUGGUGGCGCUGGACCUCGUAACCACUGUUUUGUUUGAGAUGGAAAAAUAUGAACUAUUUUUUCUGAGAUACAUUAAACUAUUUUCCCCAAACUGAAUGUCACUCAUGAUGUAAUGGGAACUCAAGUGGGAAAUCACACUUCAUCCUUCACUUAGAGAAGGAUACUAUGCACUGUUCACUUUUGAGUCACAUUGUACUUUGCAGUUCAUAGCAGAUCAUUUGAUGUUUUUGUCCCACUUACUGUAAGUGGGAAGCAGUCCUUCAGUCUGUCUUAUAACUGCAAUAUUGCCUGUAUAUUUCAUCUAGAAAAGUCUGAACAACCUCUGAAAAAGAACUUUUAAAAAAGUGGCACAAGCUGCUUUUUCCUUAACUGUUUUCUCAGGAAUACUUGAGAUAUAAAACCUGAAAGUCCGCAGUGAUGCCCAGGAGCUUUCACUGGUUCACAUAUUUUCACUAAACGGUUCAUUUUAAAUGAGAGUUAUUUAUGCUUUUUAAAAAGUUACUAGUAUUUCUAAAGUCCCUACAAUAUAAUUGUGAUUCUGAACCAAAUGCAAAGGUGCACACUGAAAAGACACUUAGCAAAGCCAGGGUGUGUCUUGGCUCUCCAAAUUUGCACUUACAUGAUGUUUUUCAGACUGAGCUUUGUAGAGUAGUUUCAACUGCACCGUGACUUGAUGAUGCACGAGCUUUGGAACAAAACUUUUAAAAUAUUUACCUUUUAACUCUUGCUCUGAUAUGUAAUUCUGCUCCCAGGAGACAGGUCUCACUGACCCUGGCGUUUGACAAGUUAUCCCAACUUUGAGUCUCAUUUCUUCUGUCACUGGGAGCCUCCCCCCCCCCCAAAUUGGCUUACUCCAGACCUUAAGAGCCUGACUCAAGUCACAGUGCCAGUGAUGACUCUCUCUAAAACAUAAUUAUAUGUGGCUGAGUGUUAACAUUCACAAGAUGAGUAUUUUUCUCAGAUGUGGACUGUUUGCAUCAACUCACUGUUUCAGUUUUAAUUUUUUGUUUUAAUGAAGCUAAGUUUGCCGUUGAAAUUCUUUGUACUGGUAAUCUAUACAUUGGUUGUUCUCGUUAUAGCAGCAUGUUACAAAUGACUUGUUUUUUUUAAAGAGUUGAUAAUAUUAAAUCUUUGAAUUUAUCCUGAGUACUGUAGCGUUAAAUUAGUGAACCAGAUUGGCUAUCUGAGGGAUUAAUCUGGUAUGGAUUUCUUUGUUAUUGUUAUGUCAGUUUUGUGUGGAGUUUAAAAAAUCCAACAACUUUAAACUCUACAUUUCAAAAUAUGUGCAAUUUUAAAAUAAAGCUGAUAACAGGUUUUGAAAAUC